UUCACCGAGUCUCCGCUCUGAGUCUUCCCUGGAACAGAGUUUGCGGAUUACUGUUGGGAAUGACCGGUAUUGCGUUGGCACGGCAGAGCGGAGGAGACUGCCUGAUAGACUGGGCUCACCAAUUGAUAACCUGAGUGACAGGGAUGACAUGGCGGAUGGUCCGAUAUUCACCAGAGGUCUCCCAUGUUCUCGGGGCCUUGAGAGGUACCCAUCACAUGAAGAUCAACCAUCAAGUCCUUACACCAUGAGACAUGAUGAAGACUAUCGCAACCGAGAUGUUUUCCUCCACCGGUCUGAUUAUAGUCCACACUAUGGUCGUCGAGAAGAGCUGCCUCGUGGAUCUGACAGAGACAGUGACAAACUCAGGAAAUCCUCCUACCCGCCAAGGCCAGAAGAGAGAGGACGAGAAAUCAAGCGGCCACGGUAUGAAAAGGAUGAGAAGAUGCACGGUGUGAGUGGAGAUCAUCAAGGUUUCUCAUCAGGAACACGAAACUACCGCAGGCGAAGCCGCAGUAGAAGUCCAAGCCCAUCCUAUCUGAAUGAAGAAUUUCGAGAGCUUGACCGUGCCAGGAGGAAACGAGAAGAGGAGGAGCGCAGUAGAAACUUGAAUCAUGAUUCUCCAGGGAGUGGUUAUGUGAUCCCUGGUCUGACUAGCACGCUACAGACUUCUGAGCCUCGGUAUACAUACAGGCCCGAGGAAACACCUUCCAUGCCCAAAAAAUCAAUCCUGAAGAAAAGAGUGGAGAUGGAAGUAGAAUCUCCGGCUCAGUCUGAGGGCUUUUCAAGCAGCCCUGCUCCCAGCAAGGGUCUUCCUCCUCUUUCUAGCCAUUCGUCUUUGCCCCAGAGCACUGAUGCUUCUCCUUUUGCCUCUGAAGUGGAGAACUUUCUCAAACGGUUUAACAAAGACUCUGUUAUGGAGUCUGCAAACAAGGAGUUGCGGGACGGUUUGUAUGGGUGGACUCCACUUUCUGGGGCUACCAAGGACACUUUCACAUUUGAAGAGAAGUUCGGAAGCUUUUUAAGUCACAAGGAGAAAGUAGAGCUCAAGUCAGAGGCUGCUGAUCGCCAUACCGACUUCCUGCUGCCCCACGAGAGGGCCAGUCAGGAUGGCAGUGGUUUCUCCCGCAUCCUGGGCAUGAUGGCUGAUUCCGUGAGUGCUCAGGAGAAGAGGAGGCGUAGUUUUCCUGACAUUGAAGAUGAAGAGAAAUUUCUUUAUGGUGAUGAGGAUGAAGAUCCCAAAACUGAAUCUCUCCCUCUUCAGAAGCCACCAGUGAGCUGUGGUAAUGAACUAAUAGGCCAGAAAGUGAGUCCACCUCCUGCUGCUGCUCCAGCUGCCAAGUUGGAUACUUUAGAGGAGCCUAAUGCCGAGUACGCGAAGAUCCAUGACUUGCUCAAAACUAUUGGACUGGACAUUGGUGUAGCUGAAAUCGGGAAACUGGCAGUUCGUACCCAGGAACGCCUUCAUGGCAAGAAGCUGACGUCCCGCUCGCCUGACCGCCGCUCUUCAGACGCUCGCAGACUGGACUCCUGGGACUUGCGUCGCAGUCGGAGCGAUACCCGAUCCCCAGAAUCAGGGCAGCAGCGCUCAGCGUCCCCUCCUGUCUCCUUCCCGCAGUCUAAAGAUUCAUCCUCUUUUCAGAAAACAGACUAUAAUAAGAGCAAGCCAGUGGGACAGGAGAUACCUCCAUGUAUGCCAGAACAGACUCUUCCUUCUGUAUCUCUCAUUCCCUCAGUUCCACCUGCUCCUCCUAGUUUACCACCUCCACCCACUUCUGUUUCCCAGUACCAAAUACCCAACUAUUCUCAAUUUUCAGCCACUCAAAUGCCCCCAAACUAUCCCCCUCCCACAAUGGCCCCCCCAGCAUACGAUGCCUAUGGGCAUUAUAUGGCAUAUGCAGCCCCCGGUUGGCCCAUGUACCCGCCUGCCCAACAGCCCAAUCCUACCCUGCCAGAGACCCACGGGCUUCUUACCAUGGCCAUGUCUGCAAAUCCCACACGUCCCAAUCUCCGGGUGAUUGAGACGGUCUCCAUAGAAAAAGAUGGCCCUGAUUUAAAAAGAGAUGGCUCCGUGCUUGUUCACGUCCCCACCACUCCGGCUCAGUCCAAAGCCCCUCUUCGGCUCUCUUCACAUCCUCUCAAAAACACCACAGAAAAGAUGUCGGAUGAAAAAAAUCGGGCAGCUCAGAAGCAGAAGGUGAUAGAAGAGAGAGAGAAACUGAAGAAUGAACGAGAAGCACGGCAGAAGAAGCUUUAUUAUUUAAAGACUGAGUUGGACAGGCUUCGUAAACAACAAGGAGAGAUGUUGAGGAAAAAACGUCGCGAGAAGGAUGGACACAAAGACCCCUUGUUAGUUGAGGUGAACAGGCUGCAAGAGAAUAUUAUGAAAGAGAUUUCCGAGCUGCAUAAAGAAUCCGAUGCAGCAGAGAAGAAACAAUCUGAGCUUGAUAAAGUAGCCCAGAUCCUGGGAAUUAACAUAUUUGAAAAACCCCGGAAACCGUCUGUGGAAACCAAAGAUUCCUCAGAAAAGAACAGCAAGUCAGACAGUACAAAAGGUCUGGAGAAAACAUCUUCCUCCAACAAGGAGUCGAAACCAGUUAAUGAAAAACCCAGAGGUAGAAGCCCGAAGCCAGCAGAAUCCUCUUCGCAGCCACCCAAACAUCCUUUCCAGCUGGCCAAUAUUUAUGAAUAUUAUGAUGCAGGGAGCCAUUGGUGCAAGGACUGCAAUACCAUCUGUGGGACCAUGUUUGACUUUUUCACACACAUGCACAAUAAGAAACAUAGACAGACCCUGGAUCCUUACAACAGACCUUGGGCUUUGAAGACCCAGAGUGAGACCAAGCAAGACUCCAUAAAACGCAUUGAUAAGAUAACUGUUCCUGCCAAAGGCUCUGAGUUUCUGAUUCCUAUCACUGGAUAUUAUUGUCAGCUGUGUCAUGAGUUUUUUGGAGAUCAGAUCUCAGCAGAACAGCAUGUGAAAAGUCAUCCUCACAAUGAGAAAUACAAGAAAUACAUAGAUGAAAACCCACUCUAUGAAGAGAGGAGAAAUCUAGACCGUCAAGCUGGAUUGGCUGUAGUCCUGGAAACAGAGCGCAGGCGGCAGAGCGAGCUAAAGCGGAAGCUGGUUGAGAAGCAGAAGGAAGAGAAGGAUGAGAAGAAAGCAAAAAUAAUAAAGAAAGAGGAAACAAAGAACAUCCCAGAACUUGGAGAAGGCACUAGUGAAACUCAAGGAAAAAUAGAUUCUUCUGGGAAAAAAAUGGGUAUCAAGCUUAAACUGAAGAAGGAAGAGAAGGAGGAGAAAAAAGAAGAAAAGAAAGAGGAACCAAAAAAGGAAACACCAAUUCAGUCUCCCUUUGGAAAAUUCAGCUGGAAAAAGACAGAGGAUAAAACCUCAGGAGCAGCUAUAUCAAAGGAGGAAAGUAUAGAAGGGAACAAAGAAAAGGAGGAGAACAAGUGUCUGCCUGCAAAACUGCAUGCCAAGCCUAUUGAAAUCAAGCUGUCUGGGAAAACUGUUAUUCCACACACUAGUUCAUGGACACCAGUUGUUCCCACACCAAUACAGGCAAAAUUUUUACCCAAUCUACCAGUCCCCACCAUGAUUUUCAGGAAAUCUGCUAUUGCGUCAGUAAGCAAACCAGCACCUUUGAACACCUUCUUAUCUAUAAAAUCCUCUGGAGCUACCACCAAACCACUGCCAGUGGUAAAAGAAAACAGUGCAGAUCCUCUGCUGCCUCCCGAUAUCAUCUCAAAAGCUUUUGGUGGAGAAGAGGUGAUUUUAAAAGGGACAGAGGAGAAUUUGAAAGCAGCAGAGAAAAAUGAGUCUCCUCAGACUUCUGACAUCCCACCUCCACCCCCUCCUCCCCCAGCAGUCCAGCAGGCAGCUGUUAUCCCUGCAGAUGAGGUAGCUCCAGGUGUGUCCGAGAGUGAACAGACGAUGCUGGCGAUGCCCGUGAGACCCCCUCCUCCCCCACCACCUACUGUCUUUAACGAGCAGGCAAAAAAAGUAGAGAAACGAAACUCUUGCUUGGCCACAGCCAAUGCAAAAGAUCUCUAUGACAUUUUCUACAGUAGUGGUGGAAAGGGGUCAGCUGAGAGCAAGCUUGGGAAUUCAGCACUUCCAAAUGGAGAAAACUCUAACCUAGCAAAACCUGCAGACUCACUUGCAAUUUCUAGAACAAGUAAUAGCUCGUACUCCCUGAAAGACGAUUCCCAGAAUGCAGCUACUGAGUUUAGCCAAGUUCACUCAGCCGAGAGAAGCUUGGAAUUGGAGAAAAUUGAAAUCCAGGAGACUUCAGUACUUAAUAGUGAGAUGAGCCCUGAUGCUGAAAAUGGUAUUCAGGAGACCCUAGGUCAGAAAUCACAGUCUCCUCUUUCAACAGAUGUUCGGAUUAAAUUGAAAGAGGAGAGUUCCUCACAGUGCAGUAAUCAGGUAAAAGGGAGUUGGAUUCCUGAUGAGAAUCAAGCAGAAGUGAGCAAGAAGCCACUCCAGCUACAAAGACCAGAAAUGUCAGUCACAGAACGGCCAGAAAAAAAACCUGAUUCUGGUAUUCAGAUGUCUGCAGAAACGGUACUUGUGGAUAAAGCAGGUGGAGAGAAAGUUGUCAGUCAGGAGUUCUGUGAUACGUGUAUGACAGAGGUCCAAGGGGAAGGUGGACAGGGAGAUGCAAAUAAUACUGUAGUUACUAAAACAAAUAUUCCUGGUACCUUGAAGAAAGAUGCAGAGAUGAAGGACCAGCAAGCUAAAAAAGUAAAAUCUGAGCUUAGCUUAGAGCACCCAAAGACUGUGUUGCCUGAAACACAGAACAAAAUUAAAAGUCUGGCAGAUUUGCAUUUGGCAAAGGAAAAGUUAAGAGAAAGUUGUAGAACCAAUUCAGAAACUGACAGUCCAGGCUUGCUCAGUGGUUCUCAAAACUCAUCAGAAAAAAAAGCUUUAGUAGCAUCAAUGGCAGAGCAGAAUUCUGCUGAUGCCUCCUUAAAAGAUGUAAAAGUGCAGAGUGUCGCUUUGGAAGUAUCUCAGUCCAAAGCCCUUGGUGAAGGUCCCCAGAUUUCAGAAAUCCCAAAUAAGGUUUUAGAAUUGACAACAAGCUCAGGUGAACUGGACACUAGAACUAGUAAUAGUGAACAGGUCAUCAUGGCCACUUCUUGUGAAAGUAGUUGGGAGCUAUCACAUACUCCAAAUGUAGAAAUAAAGACUAAUUCUAAUGAACUCAGUGCUUCAGAAUUGACAGUGAUACAGCCAGACAUACAUCUGACCACAAGAGAAACGACUCGUAAUAAAUUAGACGUACAAGGAAAGGUUAGAUGUGAACCUUCAGGCCAUGCAGUAUUAGGUAGCCAAACUCAAAAGGAGGAAGUCUCAUGGUUACUCAAGUCAUGCACAGCAAACAUUGUUGAACUCAGAUCCAGUGUGGAGUUAGUAGUUGAAGUUGGAAAAAAGUCAUUGGGACACACUGGAUCUGAUACAGUGUUAGGUGAUGUUCUUGUCAAAAAGGAUGCAAAAAAAGUAGGGGCUUUAGGCUUUUCUAAAGCUCGCUCUGAUGUCAAUCAAGAGUCAGUAGUUGCUCUGUCAGCGGAUUCCUGUACAGGGCAUCUUUCUGAAGGAGCUAUCCACCCCACAGAAAUAAAGCAUGAGGUUGUAAGAACCUCAGCAGACAACAGCUUUCAUCUGAAUACCACUCACUCAGGAUUUAACACUGAGCAAUCUGAAAGCAUCUCACUAAAUAUCAGCGUGGGCGAUGUGAAAGAUUCCUUGAAAUCAGAAGAUGUGAAACAUAAUGAGGCUCCCUCACAGAAAGCAGAACUGGAGUUCAAAAGCGCUGAUUUCUGUUUGGAAGAUACUAAGGUAAAACUGGGCACUGAAAAAACAGUGGAUGAAACGGACAUUACUGAUUUUGUUACAUUAACCUCUGUUAAUCAAAAAGAUAAAUCUUGCACCCUGGUUUCUAAAACAGCUGUGUCGCAGCUUGGAUUGCAGUCCUCAAAUAGAGCUACUACAGCAGAGGUCGUGCCAGUUCUAGAAACGCAGAGCACUUCUCCCGUGUCUGAGAUUCUUUCAUGUGUGGAGGAGAGCAAAGGUGGCACUGUUGAAAUGUCUUCACUGAGCUGUGGUGGAGACCGUACGGAAAGUCAGGCUUCUGGGCAUACGGAAACCUGCCUUCCUGGGCUUGAAGAAACACCGGGAAAAGAGGGUGGCUCAGAAGGCAAGGGAGGAGGCACCGUCCAGGGCAAGAAGACCAAGCAAACAGAAACUGCCGACAGUAGUUUGGAAGUUGCAACAAAUUCAGGAAUUGCUGAAAGCUUAGCAAAAAGCCCAGUGGGCUGA